CUCGGAUGGUGUUCUCCAAACAAGACAUUAACCAAAAAAUUCGGAUAUCACAUUCAGAGUGGAGAAAGGCACAGAGACGGGAAAAGAAGGUUGGAGGGAAGUCUCCGAGAAAGGGAAAGGCUUUGACCGUCCCUCCAAUCAAAUGUGCUGGUCAAACAUUUCUAUCUGUUUUUUCACACUCUAAAUCCAUCCCCAAACCCUCCAAUCAACCCACCCGUCGUCCAAUCUUUCUGUGUUCGGUAAAAAUUAGAAAAAGUUCAAGAGAAUCAUCUUGAUUUCCCUCCCCAUACCCAUUUAUGGAGAUCUGAGAUUUCUCCUGAAAGCCCCAUCUUUCCCUUUCUUGAUAACUGUGAGUUAAAUCAGCUUUUUGUAAUUGCUUUUCCGCAAUUCUGUUUAUUGCUCCUCUAUGCCCUUUAACUGCGUCCUGAAGAAGCUAUAGUCGAAAGAUCGAAGUCUUGCUUGUAUUGAGUGAUCUGGGAAAGCUGGGAUUUUGAUAGCGGAAAAUUUGAAGUUCUUGGUAACUUGAAGAUUUCUAAUUUUUGGGCUCAUGGGUAAUUGUUGUGCUGCCCCUCUGACCUCAGAUGAGACGAAUAAGAGGAAGGGGAAAAAAGCAAACCCAUUUGCAGACUAUGCUGGAAACCAGACGACAAUUGGAAAUGGAGGAAACAGGUCGUAUGUGUUGGAAAACCCUACAGGCCACGACAUGGGGGCAACAUACGAUCUAGGGCAUGAGCUUGGCCGGGGCGAAUUUGGGAUUACAUAUUUGUGUAUUGAUAAGUCAACUGGGGAGCAUCUGGCUUGUAAGUCCAUAUCCAAGAAGAAGUUGAGGACUAGAGUGGAUAUUGAGGAUGUCAGGAGGGAGGUUGAGAUCAUGAAGCAUUUGCCUAAGCAUCCCAACAUUGUGACCUUGAAGGAUACUUAUGAGGAUGAUCAAGCCGUCCAUUUAGUGAUGGAGUUGUGUGAGGGUGGUGAGCUGUUCGAUCGGAUUGUCGCGAGGGGACAUUACACUGAGAGGGCUGCUGCUGUUGUUACUCGCACCAUUGUGGAAGUUAUUCAGAUGUGCCAUAAGCACGGUGUCAUGCAUCGCGAUCUCAAACCUGAAAACUUCUUAUUUGCAAACAAGAAGGAAACUGCAGCCUUAAAGGCCAUUGAUUUUGGACUUUCGAUUUUCUUUAAACCUGGCGAGAGAUUUAAUGAGAUUGUGGGAAGCCCAUAUUACAUGGCUCCGGAGGUGCUGAAAAGAAACUAUGGUCCAGAAGUGGAUGUGUGGAGUGCUGGUGUCAUUCUCUAUAUUUUACUAUGUGGCGUUCCACCUUUUUGGGCAGAAACUGAACAAGGUGUUGCUCAAGCAAUCAUAAGGUCGGUUGUGGAUUUCCGGAGAGACCCAUGGCCUAUGGUUUCUGACAAUGCAAAGGACCUUGUGAAGAAGAUGCUCAACCCUGACCCCGCCAAGCGUCUUACCGCUAAUGAAGUAUUAGAGCAUCCUUGGUUACAAAACGCAAAGAAGGCUCCUAAUGUUUCUUUGGGUGAAACUGUUAAGGCUAGACUAAAACAGUUCUCCAUGAUGAACAAGCUGAAGAAAAGAGCUCUGAGGGUGUUAGCGGAACAUCUGUCAGUGGAAGAAGUGGCUGGAAUAAAGGAAGGGUUCCAAUUAAUGGAUACAAACAACAAGGGGAAGAUUGACGUUAAUGAGUUGAGAGUUGGGUUGCAGAAACUGGGUCAUCAAGUCCCUGAUUCAGAUCUUCAAAUCCUUAUGGAAGCUGGUGAUGUUGAUAAAGAUGGUUAUCUGGAUUGUGCGGAGUUUGUGGCAAUUUCUGUCCACCUAAGGAAGUUGGGAAAUGAGGAGCACUUGAAGAAAGCAUUUGAGUUUUUCGACAAGAACCAGAGUGGGUAUAUAGAGCUUGAGGAGUUACGUGAUGCCUUAGCUGAUGAGAUUGAUACAAACAGUGAAGAAGUUGUUAAUGCUAUAAUGCAAGAUGUAGAUACUGAUAAGGAUGGACGUAUAAGCUAUGAGGAGUUUGCUGCAAUGAUGAAGGCAGGGACAGAUUGGAGGAAGGCAUCAAGGCAGUAUUCGCGAGAACGAUACAAUGAUCUCAGCUUGAGAUUGAUGAAGGAUGGAUCUUUGACCGGUGAAGACAGGUAGUUUAACUGGGAAGGAUAAUAGAGAUCUUUAACCAAAGAAGCUGUACAAGGAAAGCAGUUUGUUUUUUAUUUCUUGUAUUGGAAAUUCAUGAUGAUUCAUUUUUAAUUGUUUUGUGUGAAUCCCAUUGUUGUCUACAAGAAGAAAAUUGGUUUGUUGUUACCACUGUUUGUUGGCUAUUGAGUAGUGUUUUUUAGAGGGUGUUUGUGUUGCUUGAAGCUAAAAAAAUGGGAAAGGUCUGUAGCUCAGGUAGUAAAUAUAUUGACACCUAUAAUUCCACUUUCUGCUUAUAAAGUUUCUUUUAGAUUGUGUAGAUUUCAAUUUCAUGUGUGGUCCUGCGGCUGUUUUUUGGCAAUUUUAUCUUACGUGGCAUUUAGGUCCCCAUGUGAAUAAUGUAAUGACG